UGUGUCAUCAUCAUGGAAUGAACAGCUUUUUACAUCAAACUGACACAUUGCAUUGUUAAACAUAUAUUAUGCAAAGAAAUAAUAUUAUUUCAGAAAAGUGUACUAGAUCCUAUGGUCGUAAAGGUAAAACUUUUGACCUGUUUUACAGUAACACUCAAGUCUCAACUUUCUCAGCAUAAUAAUAACAGCAGUCACAAAUCCACUACAUAUUUAUUAUUAUUGAAUGAGAUGCUCAAUCUGAGAAUAUUGAAAUUGUUCACAGCUCACUAAUAUUCACACAGCGUAAAUAAGAAUAUAAUAAAAAUUCACACGAAUUUAUGAUCUUACGUUUGUGAGCGUUUUAAAUAUCAAGCCAUCUUCCAACAAAAAACCUAGAUCUUCAAGUUUUAGAAAUAUCUAUCCUUCAAAAUUGAUUUCGGUCGGAUUGUAUUAUUUGAAGAACUUGGGAACUUGAAAACUGAAAGCUUGACUUAAUCAAUUACACAUGAAUCAUGUGACAUGAUUUGAAGAUAUAUAUCAGAAAUCAGAAUUCAGAAGUUGGAUAGUUUCAUUCGCAUUUUCAGAUCCGUCCCACCGGAAGCCGCUGCUGUGGCUGAGCCGAACUUUUGCCAUUAUUUAUUAAGAAGAGAAUUCGCGAAUUCCACGUAAUCCAUCCAGAAAAAAAGCUAGUAGUGUUGGGCUGGUUGGUUGAGCUGCUUUCUCCGAUGGAGUCAUGCUCCCUCAGCAACACACCACUUUCUCCACACAAACUUCCAGCAGCUGCAUAAUCAACUCUGCUCUCACCGACACGACUUGUUCUUCUUAUCCACCAGCGACAACAACUGUGACAUCACCACCACCACUACCUUAUCGCAAGCCCAUGUCAGCUGUUCAAACCACAAUCAAUUCCGUCGACUCUUUGCAAAAUUUUCAUGACCAAUACGGCAAAAGUGCUCCCGUGAAUGGGAGAAAGCUAUCCAAAAAGAAUUCUGACUUUAGAUACCCGGAUGAUAAACAUGCUGAACGUUCAGGAGCAGUGGUCGUUUCAUUUCCACCAGACGAGAAUCCUGCGUUUCGUGGAAUCGACCAGUUGAAGAAAAAUCAAAAUUUUGCGGAAAUAAAUAAGUUGCAGACGAUUGCCCCCGACAUGUGGUUAUCUGCGGAGCAGGCCAGUGGCAUGACUGCUGGUGACGUGGAAUGGCAGUUACAAACCAACAUUCGGGAGGGUUUGUCUUGGAAAGAAGCUGACCACAGAAGAAAAAUAUUAGGCCCCAAUGAAUUUGUGGUAAAUGAAGAGGAUCCCCUAUGGAAAAAAUAUAUUGACCAAUUCAAAAAUCCGCUCAUCCUCCUCCUCCUGGGAUCCGCAUUCGUCAGCGUUUGUAUGAAGCAAGUCGACGAUGCCAUAUCUAUAACUGUCGCAAUCCUUAUAGUCGUUACUGUCGCAUUCGUUCAGGAAUGGAGAUCUGAACAAUCACUGCAAGAACUCACAAAGCUAGUUCCACCCUCGUGCAAUUGCGUUCGAGGUGGUGAUAUUCAAACCUUUUUAGCUAAAUACUUGGUACCUGGAGACACGGUUUAUUUAAAUGUUGGAGACAGAGUUCCUGCGGACAUUCGUCUCUUCGAAGCAGUCGACCUUUCCAUCGACGAGAGCAGCUUUACCGGCGAAACUGAACCUUUCCAAAAAAUUUCUGAGCCCUCUAUUUACGCUGGUGAUGGAACUUCCGUCAAGAAUGUGGCAUUUAUGGGCACUCUUGUUAGAUGUGGAAAUGGAAAGGGAAUCGUCAUCAGUACAGGCGAACAUUCAAAAUUUGGAGAAGUGUUUAAAAUGAUGCAGGCUGAAGAGGCACCCAAAACUCCAUUGCAAAAGAGCAUGGACAUAUUAGGAGCUCAGCUUUCAUUUUAUUCCUUUUGUAUUAUUGGGUUGAUUGGGUUUCUUGGCUGGUUACAAGGAAAACCAUUUCUUGAAAUGCUCAACAUUGGUGUUAGUUUGGCAGUGGCUGCUAUUCCUGAAGGACUGCCUAUCGUCGUAACCGUUACUUUAGCAUUAGGAGUGAUGAGGAUGGCCAAACGAAACGCAAUCGUUAAAAGGUUGCCAAUUGUUGAAACGUUAGGUUGUGUCAAUGUCAUUUGUUCUGAUAAAACUGGGACGCUUACCAAAAAUGAGAUGACCGUCACAUCAAUCAUGACGUCAGAGGGGUGCUUUGCUGAAGUCACAGGGGUAGGAUACAAUCCCAUUGGCGAAAUUAAAGUUCGAAAUACACAGUACAUUCAGCCUGAAACUGUGCGAGAAUCAAUCUACAGACUUCUUGAGGUUGGGUACGUGUGUAAUAACGCUAUGAUAAAUAGCGGUGGCUUGCGUGGACAACCGACUGAAGGUGCUUUGGUGAUUGCAGCCAUGAAGUUUGGCAUGCAUGCCGUUCGGGAGCAGUACAUACGAUUACAAGAGUUUCCGUUCAACUCGGAACAAAAAUGGAUGGCUGUAAAGUGCUCAUCUCGCAACACUCCUCAGGAUGGAGAAGUAUAUUUCGUAAAAGGGGCUGUUGAGCGUCUCAUCAAACAGUGCACCCACUAUAGCGAGUUUGGAGUACCCAAGCCCAUGAUGUUAAAAAAGGAAGAAGAGAUAUUGACCAAUGCUUAUGACUUGGGGCGACAAGGUCUUAGAGUUUUGGCUAUGGCAAAAGGGUCUUCUUUCCAAGACCUAACGUACAUGGGCUUGCUUGGAAUGCAAGAUCCCCCACGUCCAGGUGUUAGGACUUGUAUUCAGACAUUGCUAGCAUCAGGAAUUCAAGUCAAAAUGUUAACCGGUGAUGCGCAAGAAACAGCUUUAUCAAUUGCCAGAAUGGUUGGAAUGGAUGUGGUGCACGGAUCUUCAAUUUCUGGUCCAGAAAUGGAUAGAAUGGAUGACAUUACUUUAGAACAAACUGUUCCUCGAAUCAAUAUAUUUUAUCGCGUGGCUCCGAAACAUAAACUUAAAAUUGUGAAGGCCUUGCAAAGUCAAGGACAUAUUGUUGGUAUGUCGGGAGAUGGAGUGAAUGAUGGAGUCGCUUUAAAACGUGCAGACAUUGGAAUUGCUAUGGGCAAAAACGGGACCGAUGUGUGCAAAGAAGCAGCCGACAUGAUUUUGGUGGACGAUGAUUUCAAGACAAUCGUUGCUGCGAUCGAGGAAGGAAAAGGCAUCUUUUAUAACAUUCGAAACUUUGUGAGAUUUCAACUGAGUACAAGUAUCGCUGCACUAUUUUUGAUUGCGUUGGCUACGCUAAUGGGAAUUCCGAAUCCUCUUAAUGCCAUGCAAAUAUUAUGGAUUAAUAUCAUCAUGGACGGACCUCCUGCACAAAGCCUGGGCGUUGAACCUGUGGAGAAAGAUGUGCUAAAGAAACCACCUCGAAAUGUCAAAGAGCCAAUGAUAACAAAACCACUUUUGGUAAAUGUUGUCCUAUCGGCAAUAAUUAUAAUCACUGGUACGCUGUGGGUGUUCAAACGCGAGAUGAGUGACAAUAUAAUUACUCCAAGGGACACAACCAUGACUUUCACUUGCUUUGUGUUUUUUGACAUGUUUAACGCUCUUAGCUGCAGAUCUCAGGAAAAGUCGAUUUUGGAGAUUGGAUUCUUUUCUAAUAGAAUGUUUUUACUUGCUGUUUCACUAUCACUGGUUGGUCAAAUGAUGGUCAUUUACUUUCCGCCUCUUCAAGCCGUAUUUCAGACUGAAGCCUUAACUUUAAAUGAUAUUCUAGGGCUGAUAGCCUUAACAUCCACCGUUUUCAUCGUUGCGGAGUUUAAAAAGUUUAUGGAACGCAAAGCAUAUGGAAGUGCUCGGGCAUCAUAUUACCGACGAGAUAAGAUUGAUGACCUUGUGUAGAGCUUCCGUUCGUGACUUUGCUAAAUAUCUCAACUUACUUGGGGUCGAAACAAAUGACUGCAACUUGACGUGGCUUUAAUUAUAGAAUAUUACUAAGUUAUUUGAUCUUGGCAGUCUUAUGUAUAUUUCAAGUGAUAUUCAAUAUAAUGAUUUGUAUUUUACUUUAUAAUAAUUACGUUCAGAAUUUUGUUGCAUUUAGUUGAUUUUUCUAUAUGCAUUUGGAAAUAUGCAAAAUCUAAUAAUGUUAAACUACAUAUAUCGAUAUAUAUAUAUUGAAAUAAAUCCUUUUGCAGAAAUUAA